GAGCGGAAUUUGGGCUCGGGGGGAGGGGCACGGCACGGACGGAUCUGCACUGGGGGGCCCCGAGCCUCCUGCCCAUCCCUGUGAAGCGCGGAAAAACACACAAAAUAAGUUCCAAGAGUAGGAAUGUAUUUAUUCAGCGCGAGGGACGUGGGGCAUAGCUCCUCCAAAAACACGCACACCUUUGGCGACCUGCACCUCUCUUUUUAUUCUCUACAAACUAGGAUUGCACAAUACACCUAAUACAUAUUCAUUGCCUGCCCCGCUUCAUAUUAAAAUAAUCCCAACGCAUCUUUCCGGCAGCACACUGCUCCUUAAGAUAUAGAAAACAGUACUCCUCUUAGCUGAACUUUUCAUCUUGUCUCCUUAAACAUGAUCUUUGUAGUCCUUUGGUCAUCUUCCGGACUUUAAUUCCAGUUUCCCUGGGUUCAGGGAUCUAGAGAAUCCCCCUUAUCCUGUGGUGCCUUUGUCCUCGCAUCCUGUUCGCCCACUCCAGCUCUUUAUCUUAUCCUGUAGCCUUGCUCUCCCCCUGUUCCUGUAAGCACCGUAAAUUCCAUCAAACAUACGGUUUUGUCAGCCCCCUUCUAGUCAAAGCAUUUCUCGAGGCUCGAUUCCUAAUUCUCAGUUUCUCUGUCUCCCCUGCAGGCUCAGGGGGUGCUGCCCCCUCCCCAACAGCCGCUGCUGCGGCGGCCCUGGGGCACAGCGGGUGGCAAAGGGGGGCGGGAUGCGAGCGGGGGAGCAGCGGGAGGAAGAGGAGGAGAGAGGAAGGGGAGGAGAGAGGAAGGGGAGGAGCAGGAGCAGGAGGAGCAGGGAGAGGAGCAGCAGCCGCAGGCGGAGAAUCGCGGUGUUCCAGUGCGAGCCCGCUGAGCCCGCAGCUCCGCUGGCCCCGGCAGCAUCGCAUUCCUGCAUCCCGCGGGUGAGCGCGGAGGGAAGCUCGCCCCGGGGCUAUCGCGGCAGCUCCGGCACGGAUUUUCCAUUCCCAAGUCUUUUCCAGAUGGAGGAGAAGGCUGUAAGGAAGAAGAAGAUGCCCCGGGACAGCCAGGCAGAUAAGGAGCUGAGGACAGAGACUAUGGAGGACAAAUCCCUGAAGCAGAACCUCGUGGAAGAGGCCUUUGGGAGCAGCUCCACAGCGCAGGAAUCCAAUGGGGAGGAAAAGCCCCGGAGAUCCUGCAUGAGGAGGGGCACAAAAUCCAGCCCAGAAUGGUCUCAGGUGGAAAAAGCCAGCCUGUGCCAGGAAGGCAGCCAGAGAUCUGGCCAGAGCUCUGAGCUAGUGGUCCAUGAGCAGCUUCAUGAGUGCAAGAAGCCCCUCCAGUGCUUGGAAUGUGGGAAGAGUUUCCGCACAAGCUCCCACCUGAACCGCCACCAGUUGAUCCACACCGGGGAACGGCCCUAUGUGUGUGGGAAAUGUGGGAAGGGAUUCAGAGACACCUCUGACCUGAUCCGCCACCAGAGAGUGCACACUGGGGAACGGCCCUACGAGUGUGGGGAAUGUGGGGAGGGAUUCAGCGUCAGCUCCCACCUGAUUGUCCACCAGAGGAUCCACACUGGGGAACGGCCCUACGAGUGUGGGGAAUGUGGGAAGAGCUUCAGACUGAGCUCCAGUUUGUCCCGCCACCAGAUGAUCCACACUGGUGAACGGCCCUACAAGUGUGGGGAAUGUGGGAUGGGCUUCAGGAAGAGCUCCCACCUCACCCGCCACCAGAUGAUCCACACUGGGGUACGACCCUAUGUGUGUGGGGAAUGUGGGAAGAGCUUCCGUGACAGCUCUGGCCUGAUCAUGCACCAGGCAAUGCAUGCUGGGGAAUGCCCCUACAAGUGCUCAGAAUGUGGGAAGAGCUUCAGCCAGAGAUCCAACCUGAUUGUCCACCAGAGGAUCCACACUGGGGAGAAGCCCUAUGAAUGUUCUGAGUGUGGGAAGAGCUUCACCUUGAACUCCAACCUGGUUGUUCACCAGCGGAUACAUACCAGGGAGAAGCCCUAUGAGUGUCCUGAGUGUGGGAAGAGCUUUCAGCAGAGAUCCCAUCUGCUCAAGCAUCAGCAGAUUCACACACAAGAGAGGCCCUUCCGCUGCCCCGAAUGUGGGAAAGGCUUUAAGAAAAACUCCACGCUCGUCACCCACCAGCAGAUCCACACUGGGGAGAGGUCCUAACAGUGUCCCCAGUGUGGGAAGAGCUUCUCCCAGGACUCUGCUGUGACCCAGCACCAACGGGGGCACCGGUAAGGGAAGCCCUGUGAGUGCCCCGCAUGUGGGAAAAGCUUUGUGCGCUGCUCCAGCUCCAUCCCCACUGGAGGACCAAGUUGGAUGCUCCCCGUUGGGCAGAGCCUUGGUGAUCCAUGGUCCUGGUGAUCCAUGUUGGGAACACCUGGCUGGUGGUCUCCACAACUUCCUGGCUCUCCGUGGGCACCUGGACUCAGCAGGCCAAAAAUCCAUUGGGAUGCAGACUGAUGUCAGGAAUUCAUUUGGGACAGCGGGUUUUACUUUUCACCCCAAAAAUUUUGCUUUUUGCAUCCAGUCAUUUUUUCUGGCAGCAUCAAGGAAUACUGGAUGGCCCUUGAGGUCUUUACCAACCUAAACCAUUCCAUAAUUUUACUUCUCUCUGGGCCACAGGCACCUUCCACAGCCAACAAUGAUGGACUGGGGCAGAAAACCAAGAUUUUGGAGAGAAUGGAGUGGAAAGGCCUCUAAAAAAGGUUCUUUCACUCACCCAAGCACAUGCAUACUCAGCAUGGACAGGUAAAUCCUUUUAUUUUGGCCUUGAUUUUAUUUCAUUUUUCUUCAUUUCUUCACACAACAUUAAAGUAACAAUAAAGACCUUGCACUAAGACAUGGACGGGGACAUUGUGGGAUGUGGAUGGGGCAUGGUGGGGACUGGGACAUGGAUAUGGACAUGGAUAUGGGUGUGGGUGCGGAUAUGGAUAUGGAUAUGGAUAUGGAUAUGGAUAUGGAUAUGGAUAUGGAUAUGGAUAUGGAUGUGGGUGUGGGUGUGGACAGGCCUGUGGAUAGAGAUAUUGGGCAUGGAGAGUCACAGACACAGAUGGUUACAUAGAGGUUUAUCCCAUGGAUGUGGACAUGGGGGACAAGUGAUGGCCUUUAUCCCAAUGUGAAAAACUUGGUUCACUUUCCUGGUAAAUUUAAAAAAGUUUAAUAAAAGACGAUAAGAGACAAACAAUGAAACAAAGGUUAUAACGGCUGGGUGCAUGACAGUCAGCCAAGGGCACAUACUAACUAAGAAAACACUUUAUUAAGAGCAUGAACAUGUUGCAUAUUCAUAGAUCUUCAUGAAUUAUUCAAAAUCACCCCCCACACUGUAAAUCAACCUUUUUUUUUUCUUUUUUUUUUUCCUUUUUUUUUUCUUCUCUCUUUGUAGCUCCUUCCUUUCACCACGCUACCUGAUAACACAGAUCAGUAAAUUCCUUUCCUGGAGUUCUGAUGUUCAUCACCCCUGUGUUCAUCCAGAGAGGAUAAUCCAAGAAUGUGAAGAAUUUCCUAAUUAUCUUUUUACCAUUCUCUGAGUUACUUACAUGAACAAAAGUUUUUUACAUCACUAUGUUAGAGACCAAGAAAAGUAGAUAAUUAUCACUCUGUUAUUUCUAAGUUUUGUUCAUAGCAGAACAAAAAACUAUAUUCACCCAGCAAAGUUUCCCAACAUUAUACAUAUAGCAUUCAUUUUAAUAUUUGUGAAAAGCCAAUAAUAUAAUAUGUACUUAUAACAUCACACUUGCAGAGAAAGCUGUCAAUCAAAAGUGGGGCCAGGAUGAAACCUUGUUGUGAUACAGGCCAUCCCUUGGGGCUCUCUAAACAGGGGUGCAGAGGAGCCCCUUAGAGCUGUGCUGGCUGCAGCAGGGUGGGCAGCAAGGUCCCUGUGAGUGGGGCUCUGUGAGCUGGGAACUCUUCUGAUUGCUGCACUCAGAGGGACCCUGCAGACACAGCAGUGUCACCAGAAUGUCCCCAAAACUGCUCUGGUGGUGACAGGAAUGUCACUGGGACCCCCUAGCACCCACAUACAGCACAAAUGGCUCUGGUGGGCACCCUGCAGAGACAGCAGAGUCACUGGGAACCCCAACCAGGGACUGUGCAGGGACAGCAGUGUCACUGGGACCCCCAAACAGGGACUGUGCAGGGACAGCAGAGUCACUGGGACCCCCAACCAGGGACUGUGCAGGGGCAGCAGUGUCACUGGGACUCCCAAACAGGGACCCUACAGGGACACAGUGUCACUGGGACCCCUCCUACCCCACCGGGUCUGUCACUGCUGUCACAACUACAGCACUCUUUACACCUCCCUGGAAGGAGGCUGUAAUCAGAUGGGGGCUGCUCUCUUCACCCAGGCAACCACUGACAGAACGAAAGGACACAAGCUAGGAAAAAAUUCUUUACUGAAAGGGUGAUUGGGCAUUGGAAGGGGCUACUCAGAGAGGUGGUAGAGUCACCACUCCUGGAGGUUUAUAAAAACAGAUUGGAUGUGGCACUCAGUGCCAUGGUUUAGUUGAUGAGGUGCUGUUAGGUCAUAGGUGUGACUUUUUGAUCUUAGAGGUCUUUUCCAACUCAGUUAAUUCUGUGAACUGUGGUGCCACUGUGACUUUUCCUCUCCUGGAGGAGCCUCUUGCACAACAGCCCCUGGAGGAGGGGACAGGGACAGCUGUGUGCCACCCCCAGGACCAGCACCCUUGGAGGGGGGAUGGGUCUGGGGUAGGGGGUGCCCAACUUAUGAUUGAUGAACUGGGAGGUUGGGUGAGAGGGGGUGGAGUCUCAUUUUAGGGCUUCUUGCAGACCCCCAGGGCAUCCUCCCAUCUGGGUCUGGAGGGGCCCAGAGCCAGCACACCCAGUACCCCCAGACCACCCCUCUUUCCCUGGGAAACAUCCCCCAGAGAUGCCAAAUCCUGCUGGUAUCUGGUGCAGCCAAGCUUUGGGUAGGCAAAGGGAAGCUCAGGGGGACAAGGGGACCAGAGGGGUUUAUCCUGCUCCUGGUUCAGUGCCCAGUUCCAAUGCCCAGCCCCAGUAUCCAGCCUUAGUGUCCAGCCUCAGUGCCCAGUUCUGGUGUCCAUUCCCAGUGUCCAGCCCCGGUGCUGAUGUCCAGUGCCAGUGCCCAGUGCCUGUGUCCAGUCUCAGUGCCCAUCCCAGCUGUGCAGUCCAACUGUCCAGUCCCCAGUGUCAGUGCCCAGUCGUGGUGUCCAGCCCCAGUGCCCAGCCCCAGUUCCAGUUCCCAGCCUCAUUUCCCAGGCCUGAUGCCAUGAUGCCAAGCACUUAUCCAGGACAGUCCCACCCCAGUCCCAGACGGGUGCCAGCCCCGAUACCAGCUGUGUGCCAGAUGUGUGCCAGUGUCACCCCUGUCCUGGGGGACAAGGACAGCCAUCAGCAGGGCCCAGGGCCGGGUAAUGCCACGCCAGUCCUGGAGGGAGCUGAGGCUUUUAACCCUGAAACAGCAGCAAGAAGGAAGCAGUGAUGGGGACAGUGAUGGGGACAGUGACAAUGACAGAACGAGGCAGCCAUGCACAGCUUGGUGUGGGGCCUGGAGCAUGACAUGGGGCAUGGUGUGGAGUGUGGUAUGGGACAUGGGACAGGGCAUAGGACACAGGACAUGGGACAGGGCACAAGGCACAGGACAUGGGACAUGACCCUGGAGCAUGGCACAGGGCACAGUCAGCCGCAGCACCACCACCCUGAACCCCCUCCCACCAGCCCCACUGGGACACCCACCCCGUGGCAGAGGAGCUCAGUCAGGAGCUGCCCCUGCCUGAUACUGAGGCCCCGAGGGGAUCCCGGGGAUGCUCACCCUGCACUGCCUGGCUCUCCAGGGUGCUGCAGACCCUGAGUGCCUGCCCCAGUGCCAUGGUGGUGACAGGGGAGCCACCCCAGGGGACUCGAGGGUGUCCCUGGUGUCAGUCACAGAGUCCAUGUGGUGUGGGGGACACCCGUGUGUAUGCCAGGGGGUACAGGGGUAGCAGGAGGCAGGGGCAUAUGGGGAGAAGGGUAGGGAUGGGGUUGAGGGGGGACAGACACCCAAAAAUGCAUCAAAGCCAGGGAGAGGGCACUCAAAAUUGUGGGAAAGGACCAAAAUCUGAACAAUGCACAUAUAACUGGGGAAAGGACCCAAAAUGGGGGAAAAAAAGCCAGAAAAAGAGGAAAGGACCCAAAACAGGUUAAAGGAUCCAAAAGAGGCAGAAAAUACCCAAAUCAGGGAGAAAAGGCACAAAACCAGAGGUCAAACAGUCGUGGGGUGCUGUGGGGUGUCCCUGUCUGUGCCGGGACAGGCACAGAUGCUCAGUGCAAGGAACAGCUACGGGAAAAUCCUACGUGUGAAAAACGAGGUUCACUUUCCUGGUAAAUUUUAAAAGGUUUAAGUAAAAGACAAUAAGAGACAAAGAAUAAAGCAAAAGUUUAUAAUGGCUCGAUGUCCCCAUUGUUUCUUUGCAGGUGCUUCCACCCCUGUCCCCACUGUUUCUGCAGGUGUCACCCACUGUCCCCUCACCAUGCCGGUGUGUCCCAGCAACCAAUUGUGCCAGGGCAGGGUGGGGAACUUGUUCAGCUGGUGACAGGUGGCCUGGAAUCAGGUGACAACCAGCAGCGCAUCCCAGAGCCACCGCAGGAGCAAGGGCCACCACGAAGGUGCCCAGGGCCACCUGCAGCCAGGGAACCCAGCGCGGCGGCCACCGCCCUGGAGCCACUCCUGGGGACAGGCUGGGGACAGAACAAGGGCCAGGUGGAGCGGUGUCACCCACGGGUCACGUGGUGGCCCCGCGCUGGUUGUCACCGCAUCCAGCUUUUGUCCCAGUGCGUGUCCUGGUGGCAGCACGCUCUGACACGUCAUGGUGGCAGCGUCCCCACGUGUGUCCUUGUGACAUCGUGUCCCCGCCCUCCUCCCGUGUGUCCCCGUCUCCCUGCGUGUGUCCCUGUACUCCGUGUCCUCCUCAGUGUAUCACUGUCCCCCAACCGUGUGUCCCUGUCCCCUCCGAGUGUCCCCAUCCCCCUCUCCCCCGUGUGUCUCUGCUCCCUUCUGUGUGUCCCUGCCCCUCCCUGUGUCCUCUGCUUCUCAAACCCAGUGGGACCAAAGUCCCCGAGGUCCUGGGGCCGUGUCCCGUGGGAUGUCCCCAUGUCCCGUGGGAUGUCCCCAUGUCCCACAGGGUUUCUCCAUGUCCCAUAGUGUAAUAAGUACAUAUUACAUUAUUGGCUUUUCGCAAAUAUUAAAAUGAAUGCUAUAUGUAUAGUGUUGGAAAACUUUGCUUUGUGAAUAUAGUUUCUUUUUGUUCUGCUAUUAACAAAACUUAGAAAUAAUAGUGUGAGGGGACAUAAGGAAUGACUGGGGUGGUGGCACUUGGGGGCCAGUGAGGACAGGGUGGUGGCACUGGCAAAGGGACAGUGAGGAUAGAGUGGUGGCACCUGCAAGGGGACAGUGGGGAUGGACACACAGGUCCCCAAGGCUGGCAGUGCCCUGAGGGCACAUGUGUCCCCAAGCCCAUGUGUGCCCCCAGUGAUACAGAUGUCCCCUGUUGUCCCCAGGGCCAGAGCACGGAGCAGGGUCUGCAGCCGGUGGACACCUUGGUGGCCCAGUACCGUCAUGGCUGCCGCUGGUGGGGACUUCCCUGGCUGCCUGUCCUGCGCCUCUUCCAUCCCAGCACCCUUCGGCCACUCCUCAGUGCCUCAGGUAGGACAUGGGACACCAGAUGGGUCCCCAGGGCCACCCAUAGCUGUCACUGCCCCUGGCACAGAGACCUGGCAGUGCCCAGGCAGUGGCCACCAACCCAACCCCACAGGUCCCCAGAGGUGUCACCAUGGCCAGGCCAAACGCCACACCAGAGUGGCCACCAACCUGUCCUUGAGGUUCCCUAAGGCCAGCCAAAGGGGUCACUGUGUCCAGCCUCUGGUUGUCCACAACCCCCAUACUUUUUGUGGCCAUGGGUGCUGGGAGAGGGUCCCCAUUGUGGGUUAAGGGGUACAGACAGGGUGCCUCAUCCCAGUGUCCCCACCCAGUGAAUCCCUGCCCACCCCGUCCUUGUGAGUUGCAGCUUUCGUGGCCCCCAAGGAUAAAACAUUCUAUGGCUUCCUCAAGCCCUGGCUUGGUAA